CAGUAAUGUAGCAAGCAGCAACCGUCUUUGCUUUGCAUCCUGCGCGGCACAACUGCUCCUGGCGCCCCCUCUUUGGAUUUCUUUUUCCCGCUUGCAGAGCAGAGAAAGCCACUUGCUUUGCGGCUGUAACCUGUCUUCUGCAUGUACGAUCGACGAACUAUUGCUUGGCAUGUGUCUGAUGUACGUGCAGUAGUAUCGCUGCAGUUCUUAGCUUCCUCUUACCAUUGAUGUUGCUCCGAAGCCGGUCCGCUCAAGAAACAAAAGAUCCUGGGUCAAUAUCCACAUGCUCACUUGAUUCAGUAUUCCACUCUCCUUUCUUCAUGCCCUAAUCAAAUUCUCAGGUGUUUUUUAUCUGAUCCGCUUCGGUCUUCAGCCUCUCAAGCCAUUCUGGUUCCACACACACUCUGCGCUAGCGCCGGUACUUUGCUAUUGGAAUCCACGGGGACCCUCCUGUGCUAUACUUCGUCCUGCUACCAGCUUCCGUUCCAUUUUCUUCCCGCCUGCCUCCCUCCAGACCCCAUCACCGAAACUUUUUUCUGCUGUUGAUUUCAUUUUGCGCCUUCUCUUCACAAAAGGUACUUCUUUUCUUGCGCGCUUCCUACCUUGACUCGCUUAGUCGGUGUCCGUCUUAUCUGAUCCGAGCCGACCACGAGAGCUCCGGAACCGACCAGAGAGUACAAUCGCACAGGGCCCCCUCCACAUCCUUCAACCGCUCGUGACUCUUUUUCAACCUCGCAACCUCUGCACUGUUCCCUCCUCUCAAUUGCAUAGCUUUUGUCCCUUUUCAUCCACACACCAAGGCGACGGGCCAUUGUCUCCUUUGACGAAACAAUGACUACCGACGUCUUUUCCGUGCCAGUCUUUCUGGUUGUCUUCCGUGAAGCGCUUGAGACGGUCAUCAUUGUGUCUGUCCUCUUGGCCUUUAUCAAGCAGACCCUUGGCGGCCCCAAAGGCGAUAUCGAGACCUACAAGAAGUUGAGAAAACAGAUCUGGCUAGGUACAGGUAUAGGCUUCUUCAUAUGCAUGGUCGUUGCCGGCGCCAUUAUUGGCGUCUUCUACACUGUCGGAUCUCAAGCCUGGAGCAACAAUGAUCUCUACUACGAAGGUGCCUUCUGCCUUGUCGCGUCACUCAUCAUCACCGUCAUGGGUGCCGCUCUUCUUCGCAUUGGCAAGAUGCAAGAUAAGUGGCGAGUAAAGAUCGCAAAGGCUAUUGCAACACCAAUGAAGGCUGGCUCCCGGGGUUGGCUGAAGCAUUUCCUCGAGAAAUACGCUAUGUUUGUCCUUCCUUUCAUUACCGUCUUGCGUGAAGGCAUUGAGGCUGUCGUGUUUGUUGCUGGCGUUUCUUUCUCUGCACCUGCUACCGCUGUACCGUUGCCCGUUGUGGUCGGCCUCAUCGUCGGCAUCCUCGUCGGCUACCUGCUUUACAAGGGUGGCGCCGGAGCUAAGCUGCAGCUCUUCCUCGUUGUCUCGACAUGCUUGCUCUACCUAGUUGCUGCCGGCCUCUUUUCUCGCGCGGUCUGGUCCUUUGAGCAGCAGCAGUGGAAUAAGCUGGUUGGAGGUGACGUUGCUGAGAGUGGCGCUGGUCCUGGCUCUUAUGACAUUGAUAAGAGCGUUUGGCAUGUUAACUGCUGCGCCCCCGAUGUUCCCGGCAGCCAAGCCUGGGGCAUCCUCAACGCCAUCUUUGGCUGGACAAACUCAGCCACAUACGGCUCCGUCAUUUCAUAUAACGUCUACUGGAUCGCAGUCAUGAUCGGCUUUGUUCUCAUGCGCUUCCAUGAGUCGACUGGAAGAUGGCCCUUCAUGAAGGCUAAGGCCAAGGCUGCUGGUGUCUCUACCAACGCUGCCGACGAGGAGCGCACCAGCGCCAGUGAUAGCCAGGAGGCUGUGACUGAGACUAAGGGCAAUUCACAGGAGAAGACAAAGACGGUAACUGCAUGAGUACUAAGCUGCCUUUCGGAACAAAGGAAAUGGGGACAUCUAACUGGAAGUAAAUCUGAUAUCUAGGGAUGAUGAGCUUAGGUAUGGCUACCAAAUUGCGCCAUAUUGUACUCAGGAAUAUGAAUCUUUUCCCACAUGAAUACUCCUCUUCCAUGGUCUCUUAUGUUGCAUCGCAGCUUCCUUCGUGAACCCCUGUCAACGUGUCUUGCGAUUAACGUGCUGCGCCGCCUGCUAGUGAAAGCUUGGUAUUUCUGCUACCCAACAAUAACGUCCGUUCAUAGCAACUAGUUUUCUAUUACCCAUGCUUUUUUUUUUUUAGAAGCAAGACCAGAGUCGUAGCAAUCACACAGCCACUGUGAAUAAUAGCAUCU